UUUUGCAAAUUUAAACUACAGCCUUGUCUCCCGCUCACGCUCAUUCACUCAGUCUUACGACUCCGCUUUUAUUUAUUAUCGCUUUCACUCUUUUCUUCAUCUUCUUCUCCUCCCAUAUCCACACACACUACCUUUCUUGUGGGAAGAGAAAAUGAACAAAGAAAAUGUUGAGAAUGUUAGGGUGACUCGAGCAAGAGCUAGAGCCAUGAAAGCGUCUUCGACUAAGGAUGGAGGUGUGGUUGGAUUAAGGGAUGUGACUAACACUUCAACAAAAUCAUCGCACAAAAAUAAGCGUAUUCAUACGUCAAAUUUUGAGAAGAAUGAAGCUUGCAAGAAGAGAAAGACCAAGGUAGCUUCAGAAGAAAAUGUCUCCUUACCAGCAUUAACAACCAAAGAGAAUGUUCAGUCAGAGUUGGCUGAAGAUUCUUCCACAUUAACAACAACAAUGAAAGAUUCACUGCAACUGCAAGUUCCACCUCAUCUGGUUUUUCCCAUGCUUUCAAUGCAGGCCUCUGUCAAUUCUCCAGUUGAAGAUAUAAAUCUGAUAUGCGAGAAGCUAAGAACCUCGGUUGGCUUUGGAAUCGUGGACAUUGAUUCGGAGGCAAAGGAUUCUCCUGUUUGGACUUCUUAUGCUCCUGAUAUAUACUAUAAUAUUCAUGUCAAAGAGUGUGAAAAGAGGCCACUAGCCAAUUACAUGGAGAAGGUGCAGCAAGACAUCACUCCAACCAUGCGUGGAAUUCUGGUUGACUGGCUUGUGGAGGUUUCUGAUGAAUAUAAACUAGUUCCAGACACACUCUACCUUACCGUGAAUCUCAUUGAUCGGUUCCUUUCCUGUCGCGUGAUUACAAGACAGAGGCUCCAGUUGCUGGGUGUUACUUGCAUGCUGAUUUCAUCUAAGUAUGAAGAGAUUUCUGCUCCCCCGCUAGAAGAAUUUGUCACCAUCACGGACAAUACAUACUCGAAAAAAGAGAUUUUGAAAAUGGAGAAAGAGGUACUGAAUGUUCUACAGUUCCAGUUAUCUGUUCCUACAAUCAAAACAUUCCUCAGGAGGUUCAUCCAUGCUGCACAAUCUUCUUACAAGGUUGCUUAUCCUGAACUGGAAUUCAUGGCAAACUAUUUAGCAGAGCUUGCACUUGUUGAAUACAGCUUAUUGCAGUAUCGACCUUCCAAGAUAGCAGCAUCUGCAGUUUUUCUCGCCAGAUGGACCCUUGGCCAGUCAGAACACCCAUGGAAUCCGACUCUUGAGCACUAUACAAAUUACAAAACAUCAGAGCUUAAGACUACUGUCCUUAUACUGCAUGAUUUGCAGCGUAAUACCAAAGGUUGUGAUGGUGUCCGCGAAAAAUAUCAACAAGAUAAGUUCAAAAGUGUGGCGAAUUUUUCUCCGAAACCGGUGGAACCGCUUUUCUAGGCUCAACUGUAUAAGUUAAAGAAUAAAGAAUAACUUUAGAAAAUUUCUGAUCAAACAUAUAUGGAAGGGGAGAGAUUAUGUAUGGUUGUAAAUAUUUUGCAAUCAAAUUUUGAUUCUAUUCAUUUCCAAUUACGGUCAAUUCAAUUCUAUUCCGUAGUUGUGACUUAUAGGAUGGUACCAACCUCUGGUGCUUCUUGAUCUCCUUAUAGUGAAGUGAAUGAUACAAUGACAGUAGAGAAUUGUAUUAAUAAUAAUGUUACUUUUGUUGUAACAAACAUUCUUAUUUAUAUUACAAUAAAAACCAAUGGCAUGUUAUAUCGUUGUACCGAUUUGAUUUCGUUUCUUUAUUCGCUAAAUACACUAUAAAUUGUUGCCAAAGU